AUGAGGCGAUCAGAGUGUGAAAAUGAGAAUGGUUUCAUCAUCACAUCCCCAAACAAGGAUGGAACCAUGAAGGUGCAAAACAACUCAAUCAUCAUCAACUGUGAUGGGUUUUAUCUCAUCUCCCUGAAGGGCUACUUCUCUCAGGAGCUCAGCCUCAGGCUUCAGUACCGGAAGGGUCGAGAACCCCUCUUCUCCCUGAGCAAGGUCACAUCUGUUGACUCUGUCACAGUAGCCAAUCUGGCUUUCAAGGACAAAGUCUACCUGAAUGUGACCACUCACAGUGCCUCCUGCGAAGACAUUCAGGUGAAUGGUGGGGAAUUGAUUCUCAUUCAUCAAAAUCCUGGUGGAUUCUGUGUCUACUGAGGACCUGAUGGCUGCAUCUAAGCCAGGCACCAACAUGAAUGCCAAACUGGGGGUGGACAGGACACAGAUUCUUCCUUGGGAGUGGAGGAGUUAUCCCAGCUCAGCCCUCAUAUAUGGCCACUUGAGAUGUGACCAGAAGAUCACUCCCUUCCCCACUCAGGGAUAUUUAAAUCUUUAUUUUAUGUACCAAUUAACUUUAUGUAUUUAUCCUUAUAUCUUCUAAAUCACCUAGCCCUCAUCCCUCAGGAUUGCCUCAAGCCUGUUGGCACCUCCAAGAGAGUGAGAAAAAUAGGUGCCUCUUCCUCAGGAUGUUGUUUCUAUUGAUCAGGAAAUUAUUGUAAUACACUUUCAUUACUGAAAAAGACACUUGACUACCAUGUGCUGGAUAUUUGACAUCUGGUACUGUCAAAAUGAAGAAGACCAAGGAGAGGGUUUAUGAAUCUGCCAAAGGUGGUGGAUUGACCCCUGGCAGCCAAAGGUGCCUCUUCAAGAUGAAAUUGGUUGAAGUUUGCAUAUUGCCUAAAUACCUCUCUCAUGUGGCGGAGUUCAAAAGGAAAAGCAACUUGUGAACAGCUGUCAGGACUUGAUGAAGAUAGCUGGCUAAGGAAUACUCUGUGCUUUUUUCUUUCUUUUUCCUCCAUUUUGUUUUCCCAGCCUCCAAAUGUUCUUGAUAGAAAUUUCCCUUCAAAGAACCAUCUCAGGGAUGUGAUGCUGUGAAAAAUGUAAUCAGUGACUUAAGGAAAACUGAGAGAAAUUUUUCUAAACUGGGAGAGUGAGAUAAUUUAUUGUGAGGGUUAUCUUUAUCACUCAGGAGAGCUGUGAAACUGGACCUCUCAGGGUAACAGUCAGUGGGAAUUAAAACUGUCUGGGAAGGAAAUCCCAUUCUUUGCCACAGAGAGGCGAAGUAACACAUGCCCAUCCUCCUGCUUAUGCUGAGCUACAUACUCAGCCCCACACCUUGUACUCAUGGACCACCUUGUCUCAAAAAAAAAAAAAAAUGAAGCAAUUCUAUGAUCAAUUGCAACUUUAUGUCAAAAAAACAUUGAGACGCCAUUACAUCUUAUGAAAAAUAAUGAUCUCUGUCUAGAAACACCAUAAUAUCACAUAUGAUCUCACAUUGAUAGUUGAGGCUAGAAGGACCAAUAAUCAGCCAAUACCAAGGCUUUCAAGAGAAUAAGAUCACCUAAUGUUUAGUUUAAAUAUCCCACUUAAUGUAUCUGGCUUAUGGCAUUGUGGACAAAUGUGAUUUUUCUUAAUUUCCAGAUGAUUUGUAAGUUUUCUAUGUCAAAACUUUUACAAAUUUGAAUUUUUUUAUAAAAACUUUUUAGAAUGGUAGCAAGUGUUUCCCUGCAGUUUUAAAUAGAGUGUGUGACAUAUCAUAGAAUAUUUCUGGAUGAUUCUGGGUCAUCAUAGUAGUUGUACUGUGGUGUGCUGCAGUGAUAUCUUCAGGGUCUCCAGAAAGGUGGAAGGCAGUUUGGCCCUACACUAAAUGGUCUCAAUUACAUUUGGAUUUUUUUCUUGUCUGUUUGAUACAAUUAUUUUCCAUCUCCAAUUAAGUGCCUGUCUGUCUCCAACUAUAUUCCCACCACUCAGUUUUAAUCUGUUAUAGGCAGAAGCUAAAUCAAAAUUCUAAAUAAAAAGAAGCUAAAUAAAAGAAACUGUGCAUAAGGUAAGAGUAACCAAACUCUGAGUGGCUGCCCAGGUACUCACAUAAUUGUUAUAAUCCUAGGUAAACAUCUAUGGAGGGCCUGCUGUAGACCAAGCGUUAGGCUAAAUGCUUUACAUGAAUUGGCCCCCCACCCUUCCCCAAGCCGGCUUGCGGGAUCUUAGUUCCUGGCCCAGGGCAGUGAAAGUGCCAAGUCCUAACCACUGGACCACCAGGGAACUCCCCUACGUGAAUUGUUCUGAGCAAGAUAUUCUAUGAGACCCGUCUUGACUACUCAGAGGAUUUAAACGUGUGUGUGCGCAUGUGUACUUCUUUGUUAUUGACUAUGUUCUCAAAGUCAAAGUUAUUCAGUAUUACUUAUUCUAAGUAAAUGUUUAUGAAUAUAGAUAAUAUUUAAGAAAAUGUAUGUUUAUUUUUUUUAAGUUUGGAAUUUCUGACGAUAUUUCUUCUGGACUACACAUUCGAAGCCAAAGCUUGUUUUGUGGGUUGGUUGUCUUUGGUGUUACGGCCCCUCCUCACAGGCACCCACUCCCUGUGGGUACACAUGGCCUGCUCUUCCCAUGCUGGCCUCCUCCAGCCACACAGGGACAUUUCUGCCAUCCACUAGACUCACUCCCCCAGCUGCCACCCGUCAAAGUAUGUGUGUCCUAUGUAAAUCAUUCCUUCAAAGGGAUAAUUAACCUUUCUCCGAAAACAGUGGAGUUUUGUGGAAAUGAAAAGUCAGGAGAUUAGAAUUCUAAUUUUGACUCAGUCACUAACUAGCAAGGGACCUUGGACAACUAAUUCCCCAUUUUUGGAUCCUGCUUUUUUCCUCCCUUGUUGAAUGACCAUUUUAGAAUCUUAUGCUCAUAAUGCUAACUGUGAAUGUACGUAGUAAAUACCUAUGUACUGGUUACUGUGAGUCAAUAUGUAUAAUCUUCUCUUUUACUGUAUGGAGUUUUUUUUUUUCUCCUACAAACUAACAUUUUUCCUCAGCCUUUUUGGUGAUUCCUUUGAGGGCAGUUGCCAAUUGUUAGUGACUUAGUGACUGUUUAGGGAAUGGCUUAAGGGAUUCCAGUCUUGAUUCAAAUUGUGAUUAGUUCUUAAGCAUACCAG